CGCCAAACAGCGACGCAGCAAUUAGUGGUGCCCAGGUCGAUGCCGAUGGCGGGGCCGGCAAAAGCGGAGACAGGAGGGGUAGCGCGAGGGGAGAGGAAAGGAAGAGGAGGAGGAGGAGGAGGAGGAGGACAAUGGGAGGAGGGCAAGUCGGGAAGGCUGAGGGGAAUCUCAACCGCUGGCGGAGGGAGGGGGAAAGGCGGUAGCGGGGAUCCCAAGCCGCCGCGUGGGGAUGGCAGCGGGGGGGGCGCCGAUCCCGCCGCCCCCCGCGGGGAUAGCAGGGGCCUCGAUCCCGCCCCCCGCGGGGAAGCCAGCGGCGCCGGAACCUGUCGCGGAGAAGCCAGCGGCGCCGAUAUCGGGCGCGGGGAUGCCAGCGGCGCCGAUAUCGGGCGCGGGGAUGCCAGCGGCGCCGAUACCGGGGGCGGGCGCGCGGAUCGUGGUGGGAUCGGCGAUCCCGACCGAGAUGCCAUGACCGUUUUUGCAAGCCUUUCAGCCUUCUAUUCACCAACCACCAAGUGUCUAAUUAAUUAAUUAAUUGAUUAAUUAAUUAAUUAAUUAAUUAAUUAAUCUAGUAAAUCGCCGAAUAGCGA